UUUCUAUGGGAUGAAUACACAGAUACAUUGUGGGUGUAAUGCGUGACACACCUGGGAGGAUAUGUUUGUCACUGUGAAGGGUUGUCAGGAAAAAUAUUUUGUCAAAGUUUGUCGGCGCUUACUUUACAGGAAGAGGGUGUGCAGAAACGUUUUCAUCAGACUCAGCAAAAUCGGGACAUAUGCAACUGAGUCAAACGAGAAGUGUACGUGUCUGAGUCAGGAAGACCAAACCCACACAGGCCUCAACACUAUUUAAGUAUCAUUCUGAUCAGGGCAUCAUGUCCUCUGCAACCCGCGUCCUGGCUCUUCUGUGAUGGGCUCACGGCAAAGAAUUUCUCAUUACUGAACUUGACAGACAUUAGCUGACAGCCAUGGGAGACUGGUCUUACUUAACCUCACUUCUAGACAAGGUCCAGUCUCAUUCCACUGUGGUGGGGAAGAUCUGGAUGAGCGUCCUCUUCCUGUUCAGGAUCUUUGUCCUGGGUGCGGCUGCAGACAAAGUCUGGGGAGACGAAGUGUCAGAGUUCAAAUGUGACACCCAGGAACCAGGGUGUGAACAUGCCUGCUACAACUGGAUGUUUCCAAUAUCCUACAUUCAUUACUGGGUCUUUCAGAUCACCUUUGUGUCCACACCCACCUUGUUCUAUUUGGGCCAUGCCAUCCACAUCAUCCACAAAGAGAAGAGGAUGAUGGAGCAGCUACAAGAAAGAACUGAUGGGAUUGUAAAGAAGAAGCCCAAGUAUACAGAUGACAGAGGAAAGGUGAAGAUCAAAGGCAUCCUCUUUUGCACUUACAUGACCCAGCUGGUCUUCAAGAUCCUUCUGGAGGUGGGAUUCUGUGUGGGCCAAUACUACAUCUUUGGCUCUGUGUUCAUGGUCAGCUACUUCCAUUGUACUAUGUUACCUUGUGCGCAUACCAGCGGUGCACAGUGUUACAUUUCUCGUCCCAGAGAGAAGACAAUCUUCAUCGUGUUCAUGCUCGUUGUUUCUGGGGUUUCGGUGCUGCUCAACAUCAUAGAGAUGAUAUACCUGCUCUGCAACAGGAGCAGGGCCAACAGGAAACAGCGACUGGCUCAGCAGCACAUGCUCAGUUCACAGCCGCGCCCAUCCAACCCAGCUUGGCAGGCCACGAGCAACCAGUAUGGAGGUUUCCCACUGAUGCCUCUGACUGCUCAGGGUCUGGUCGACUUCUGCAGCGAUGACAAACACAUGGACUCGAUCAGUAAAGAGAAAGACACUUGACUGAGUUACACAUGUCAGUUUUGGAAGUUUGCUUGUUUCUUAUUUUGACUUAAUUACUCUUAAAACAGUUGAAGCUGGAUUGUGUGAGGUCCUUGAUUUGUUAAUUAUCAAACAUUUCUGUGCUGUAGAAUAUCAAUAAUUCUCAUUAAACAAUAAGCAUUC